GGCUGUCACCAGGUCAUAAAAAUUAUUAAAAAUAAAAAAUAAAAUAACAUUGAGCGUCGGAAUAUUUUUUUUGGAUUAUCAUAAUUAAACUUAAUUAAUAAGUGUAAUAUCUAUUACAUUACAAUCAACAAUGUAAAAUUGUUUAGUAUAUUGUAAUGGCAAUCAAAUUUGGACAACUGUUUAAAAAAAAUUAAAAUGUUACGGAAUUUAAAACCAGAAGUAGUCUGGAUUGAAGGAAGAUGUUAUAGAGCUAAUGAUUCACCAGCUGAAUUUAAUUCAAUGCAAGAACAUGAUCUGUAUGAAAAUGAAAUAACAUUUGAAGAACCAGAUGAUGAAGAGGAUGACUUCAAAGUUGAAAUGCUGGAUAAUUCUAGAUAUUGUACCAGUUUUCAUGUUUCUAAACAUUACCUCGGCUCCAUAAUAGGGAAGAAAGGUGCUAUUAUAAGCGGAAUUAAAAGAGACACAAAAACGGACAUAAAAAUUCCAAAACACGAUCAGACUGGGGACGUUGUCAUUUUAGGACCAGCAGAGUCUAAUGUGAAGGCUGCUAGGCGCAGAAUAAACAUGAUUAUAAUGUCUUCUAGGAUGAAACAAACAUCUACGCAUUUUUUAUCAAUACCAAUGAAUAAUGCAGAUAUUGUAAAGGAGUUUGAAAAAUUCAAGGAAAGGGUAUUACAAGAAUGUCCAAAUCCAACACUAGAAGAGUCCUUGUUCAUCAGGUCUCAUAAACUACAUUUGACGUUGGGCGUUAUGAGUUUGAUGGACAAUGAUGAAAGAAUACAAGUAACAAAUCUUUUGACCGAAGCGAGGGAUACAAUUGUCAUUCCGUUGUUACAAGGUCACGUACCGUUGAAGAUCAGAUUGAAGGGUCUCUCGUACAUGAACGAUGAUCCAAAGGCGAUUAAUGUUUUGUAUGGACGUGUUCAAGAAGAAGAUUGGGCGGCCGCCGGCCUCAUACAGAAGCUGGGUGAUGCUCUUGUAGAUCAUUUCUAUAAAGCUGGGUUCAUGAAAAAGGAAUUCGGAAGAGAAAAUAUAAAAUUGCACGUAACUUUUAUAAACACAAAGUAUAGAGAAACGACGGACGUGGAUGCACCUCAACAAAAUCAAACCAUAAACAAUCGAAAAACGUUCGAUGGAUCCGAGAUACUCGAGAAGUUCGCAGAUUAUGAUUUCGGAGUUAUGGAAGUGACAGAGAUACAUCUUUCGCAACGACACACGAUGGGGCCAGACGGAUAUUAUCAGCCGACCUGUAUAAUAUCUUGUAAAAUAUAAAUUUGAGACGACAUAGAUCUUUUAUUUAUUC